UCCACUUGCAUUGCCCUUUCCUCCAUUUCUGCCGCACUUAUAACCAUAUCCACCGCCUCCCCCACCUCUGCUCCAUAGAACCAGUCGUCAUGCUCUUCCUCCUCUAUCCUCUCCCACCGCCGCGGGAAAAUGAUGCCGGACUGCCGGAGUUCCAGAACAACUACUCCGGGAUGUUCGAUGGUUUGGAUAAAGAAUUUCACGAUAAUGGUAAGAUCGGCUUGAAUGCGCCAACGAUCAGAGGAAAAGAAGGAAUAAAAUGCACGGUGGCUGACAGAGAGUGGCUGACCGAUAGAGAGCUGCUGGGUAAUAUGAUAGUAGAGUAAUUUGAAGAUGUUUACUCUUCCGCAAACAAUGUAGUGACACGAGCAUUACUAGACGGAGAUAAAAGGGUCUCUAAAAUUCAAAACAAAGCAUUACCGCAUCCGAUUACUCCUGAAAAGGUUAGAAAAGCAACAUUUGGUAUGCAUCCAGAUAAGACGCUUAGUUCAGAUGGAAUGAACCCUGGAUUUUUUCAGAAUUUUUAGGAGAUUGUGGGCCCAGAGGUUGUGACGUUUUGUUAACAGGCAUUUGAAGAAGGACAAUGUUGGGUCCUAUUUUCCCUAAGCGGGGAAUGAGACAAGGUGACCCUUUGUCUCCAUAUUUGUUUAUCCUACUGGCAAAGGGUUUAAUCUCGCUGAUCCGUAGACAAGAGGUGAUGGGAGAGCUACAUGGGAUGGCUGUAUCAAGAGCACCGCCACGGAUAACACAUCUUUUGUUUGCGGACGAUAGUUUUUUGUUUCUUUAAAGCAAAUGAGAUGGAAUGUGAGGUGGUGAAAAUUUUGCUUUCUCAAUAUGAAGCAAGAUCUGGUCAAAUGGUAAAUUAUGAAAAGUCUAGUGUGUCGUUCAAUUCCAAUGUAGCCCAGAAUACCCGAGAUAUAUUAUGUUCAGUGUUGAGGAUGAAUAAAGAAACUGCCACAAGGAAGUAUUUGGGGUUGCUUCGCUUGUAGGACGAAGGAAAUGUGAGAUACUUGUUAUCUUAAAGUGAGAAUUAUAAAACGAUUAUAAAGCUAGAACACCAGAUUCCUUUCGCAAACAAGGAGAUAAAUCUUAUUAAAGUUGGUUAUAAAGGUUAUGCAUGCAUAUGCCAUGAAUGUGUUCUUGUUACCAGACGAGUUGUGUACUGAGAUUGAAAGGUUAAUGAAUGGUUAUUGGUGGAGGGGAAAGGAGAUGACUGAUAGGUAUGUUCGUUGGAAAAGGUGGCAAGCUAUGUGCAAACCAAAGGCUUAUGGGAGCUUUGUUUUAGGAGGUUAAAGGAGUUUUAAUGUGGCUAAGUUAGGCAAACAAGCACGGAGAUUGAUUUUAGAGCCUAAUGCAUUGGUGAGUAGAAUUUUUAAAGCAAGAUACUUUCCGGAUUCAUCCUUUUGCGAAGAAAGGAUUGGAAAUAAUCCACCGUUCAUUUGGCAGAGUGUGAUGGCUGCAAAAGAAGUAAUGGUUACUGGUACAAGUAGAAGAGUUGCGAAUGGUAGAGAUAUAUCAGUUUAGUACGACUUUGGGUACAGAAAGUGGGACAGAGAAAGUGAUUUCUCCUAACCCGCAGGGGAUUAAGGACAUGAACGUAGCAGCCUUGUUAUCUAGCAGCGGGAAAGAAUGGAAUACAACAAGAGUUAGGGAGAUGUUUUCCGCUAUGGAUAGUGAUGUUAGAGCAUCUUUAAUGCUACACCGUUAACAUGGAAUAAAUUUUGACACAUGGCACUCAAUAAAAGGAAUAGUCAUCCACCUCAUAUUGAAGUUAUCUAGGAGGACAUUGAAACCCAAAAAUCAAGUCCAAUGUUUAAUGUCAACCGCCCAUGUAACACCUAUACGUGUAAGCCAUUUUUAAAAUUAAAAUAGUACAUCAUACUAAAUGC